AAUUUUUGUGUUUAGUUUUGUUUGCCAUUUGCUAAUUAAAUUUGUUUGUGUUAUUAAUGGUGCUUUGCGGAGAAGCUGGCGCCCACAUGGCGCCCCACAGCAGCGACAAAGGCGACCGCUAUGCCAAACUGUCGUUCCUUGGUGAGGGUCAGUUUGCGAUUGUGUACAAGGCUCGGGACACGGUGACCAGCCAGAUUGUGGCCGUGAAGAAGAUCAAGCGUGGCAGCCGCGAAGAUGCUCGAGAUGGAAUCAAUCGAACCGCUUUGCGCGAGAUCAAAAUUCUGCAGGAACUGCAGCAUGAAAACAUCAUUGGGCUGGUGGAUGUGUUCGGACAGCUGUCGAACGUGUCGCUGGUGUUUGACUUUAUGGACACCGACCUGGAGGUGAUCAUCAAGGACACCAAGAUCAUACUCACGCAGGCCAAUAUCAAGGCGUACGCCAUCAUGACGUUGCGCGGCCUGGAGUACCUGCACCUCCACUGGAUCCUGCAUCGCGAUCUGAAGCCCAACAAUCUGCUGGUCAAUAGCGACGGUGUGCUCAAGAUCGGUGAUUUCGGCCUGGCCAAGACAUACGGUUCGCCAAAUCGGAUCUACACCCAUCACGUGGUCACGCGCUGGUAUCGGUCGCCCGAGCUGCUCUUUGGUGCCCGCCAGUACGGCACUGGUGUAGACAUGUGGGCCGUCGGCUGCAUUCUGGCGGAGCUCAUGCUGCGCGUGCCUUUUAUUCCCGGCGACUCGGAUCUGGAUCAGCUGACCCGCAUCUUUGCCACCCUCGGAACACCCUCAGAGGCCGAGUGGCCGUAUCUGGGGAAGCUGCACGACUAUCUACAGUUCCGCCACUUCACGGGCACCCCGUUGGAGAAUAUAUUCACUGCCGCCGACAAUGACCUCAUCCACCUAAUGCGCCGCCUCUUCGCCAUGAAUCCGCUGCGGCGUGUCUCCUGCCGCGAGGCACUGAGCAUGCCCUACUUUGGCAACAAGCCGGCUCCCACCGUUGGUCCAAAGCUACCCCUGCCCUCGGCCAUAGUGGCGGCCAAUGCAAAGGCCGACGAGAAGCCCGGCCAGGCGGUGAAGCGCAAGCUGGUGGAGACUACCGUUCGCGGCAACAGCCUGCCACAGAAGAAGCGACUGCAGUUCUGAGAGCUGCCAAGCUGUUUUAGCAUUUAGUGUAGAGACCUAAGACAGAGACAAGUGUGUCCAAAACAUUGUUGAGAUUGCAUUCAGCUCGGGUUGAUAUUGUCCAUUAAAUAUGUGAGAAACUAAUA